AUGAUCGAAGGGCCAUCCAAUCUCCUCAUCACCGGCGCCGGCCAAGGCAUCGGGCGCGCCCUCGCCCGCCACUUCGCCGCCAAAGGCCACAAGCUCUACCUGAUGGACAUCAACGGCGACGGCCUCAAACACACGGUCGAAACCCACCUCAAAGAGCACUCUGACCGCAUCGGCUACGCCGAAGUCAACCUCGCCGACACGCAGUCCGUGCGCGACGGCGUCGCCAAAGCCGCCAAAUUCCUCUCGGGGCAGAUCGACUACGUCGUCGCCAACGCGGGCAUCUCCAGCCCCUACUGGCGCGACGGCGCCACCAUGGCCGACCCCUCCACCCUGGACCAGUGGAAGACGUACGUCGACGUCAACCUAACGGGGAACUUUGCGCUCGCGCAGGCCGUGUUGCCGUACAUGAAGGUGCACGCCGAGGACGACCGGCGCAAGCUCCCGGACUCGCAUGUCGGUGGGGCCGGCCCCUGCAUCGUCUUUACCAGCAGCUUCCGUGGCAUCAUCAGCGAUCCCAAUCAGGAGGGGUAUGCGGCUACAAAGGCCGGGCUGAUUGGCUUGACGAGUGCGAUGGCGGUGAGUAUGCAGCAUUUUGGGAUCCGCGUGAAUUGUGUGAGUCCCGGGAGGAUCAAGGCGCAGCAUGAGAGUAAGAAGGCGGAUGAGAAUGGUGGGAAGUGGGAGGUCGAGGGGAAUGACGCGGAGGUGCAUCUGAGUAAUCGGGCCGGCAUGCCAGAGGAUAUCUCGGAAGCAGUGGAGUAUCUGCUUGGUGCUGGAUUUGGUGAGUUCUCCUUCCUGCAGAGCAUUGUGCUGAGAGGAAGCGUCCCGAAAGCAACUUGGUGA